AUGAGCCACACAGAAUCCCGACACCACACACUUCGCCACUCCUCCACAUCCCUCGACCCCGGCGGUCGCAUCGCAGACUGGAUCGCGCCGGCCCGCAAGGUCCACGAAGACCAUCAGAGCGCACCACACGGAACGGCGCAUGACUCCGCCGAGGAGAGCGAGGAGGACGCGCCUCCGCCGCCGCAGUCGAUGAGGUCCGGACCUGAAGAUCACCGGCCUGGUUCGACGCAUCGGAGGAUUUCGUCAGCCACCGACGACGAGUCGACGAGGGAAUUGUGGUUGAGGAUGGUGGAACUGCAGCAGCGGUAUGGGUGCUAUAAGUCGGCGAGGAUGCAGGCUGCUGCUAGUACGGGGGAGGUCACCGACUUUAUGCCUUCGAGGGUCUGCUUGGACCUUCUCAACGACGGUCUCGAGACGGCCGACCUCCCACCCGAGGGCUGGAAGAUACUCGGCAAGUUUGUCGCUGACGAGCCGCAGGAGCCGAGGGAGAGACAGAGGCGGUGGAAGGUUUGGAAGAACCACCACCAUUCGUGA